AUGCUUCGUCUACUGACAAACUCCUUGCGCGCAAUAAUCAUUGUUUUGACCGCGAUCUACUUGAUCCGCCCGGGCCCGGGCAUGGGUUUUAGAUGUGCAUGAUCGACUGCCUCAGGAUCGCUUACCCAGCAUUCCUUUAAUGGAAAGCGAUAUAGUAUCAAUGCUGUUCAGAAGUCGCAGUAUAAAGGUAGCGCAUACGCCUGCCCAAGGUUGUUUUCCCAAGCCAGUCUUCCAAUUCACUCUACAUUUACUUCAUUCACUUCCCGCUGCGCGGAUCACUUUCACCCAUCAACACUUUUCGAUAAUCAAUUGUUAAUACCCCGAACCGAUACAUUUCGCAACUCAAAUCGCCAAUAUGCAGUUCUCCAUCACCGCCGUUCUCUUUGGCCUUGUCGCCAUCUCCUCUGCCGCUAUCACCGAUGUCGAAGGCGUACGCAACACUCCUCGCAGCGAGCUUGAGAACCGCCAGGCAGCCAACGGGGCUUGCUGCAUUCCCAACCAAUCUCUGAAGCAGGAUGCCUGCACUGUCAACGGUGCCGCUGGCAAGUGUGUGCCUGGAGGCCCGGCUGCAUGCAACGGUGCUCUCAACUGCGUUGCAAACAACCAGUUGGUGUGCGACAACAACGUCAAGGAGCGCUCCGGCGUCCUGUGCCGCUUCCAGGCAGCCAAUGGCAAGAUUCAGGACGGUGCUCAGCAGAUCAACAGCCUUGCUCAAGCCAAGGUCAACUAGAAUGGAGAUGGGGAUUGGGUGUUAGGUUGAGUUUGUGAAUCUGUAUAGGAGUUCUAGGUUUAUAACAGUUUGUUGCAUGGCUAAGUGCAAGAGUAAGUGUCUUUGACAAUAGAGGAAUUGUAUGCCACCCAGAUGUUUCCAUAAUGCCGUGAAGACUAACGGCUGGAUUUCCGAUCUCCUAAGUCUGCUGAGGCAAGGUCGUAAAUUCCAUCCCUGUCAAGGCAUACAGCC